AUGGAAUUCAGCUUCAGAUUCUACAAACACAAACACUUGUUUCGAUUGAAGGAAAAAUGGAAGAACAUCGGGGAGCACGUAUUAUACUACUCAAAUAUUGAAGGAAAAGAGACAAAUCAUACAAAUUUGAAUGAUGAUGUUGAGAGGGAUGAACAACACAACGGAUAUAUUAGCAUAACGUAUCCGGAAAUUAUAAACACUAUUCAAUAUUCAUCUAUAUGUAUGACAAUUUUUGAUAAAGAAAAAGAAAUUGAAGGAAUCGUGUCAAUGGAUUAUGAAAUGUAUCCAGGUUCCUCAAGUAUUACUGAAGAGAAUGCACAGGAACAUGUAUCACUAAUGGAUGUGUACCAUGCCUUAUCAUUACAUAUAAAAGAAUAUGUUUUGUCGUCAAAUUUAUCAAAAAAUAACACUCUAAUUAUUAAUUUAAUGAUUAGCGAAAAUGCAAAAUAUUUUAAUGAUUUGUGUUCUUAUUUAUUUCACAACUUUGAAGAUAUAAUAUUUAUUUUACUGUUUUUGAAAGAAAAAAAAAAAAAAAAUGAAGACUUACUUUCUAAUUGCAACAAUUUGAGAACGUGUCUAAAUAUAGACAUAGAAAAUGAUUUAAAGUUGGAAGGAUUGCCAUAUGAUAAAAUUAUCUUAUUUAACAAAUAUUCAUAUGUGAACAAAAUAUAUCUCCGAUUGACCACAAGUUUCGAUGUUUAUGAUUUGCAUGAAUUAUUCAGGAAGUAUUCAAAGCAAAAUGUACCAGAUACCAAUCACUAUCUGAUUUAUGACAUCAUUGAAAAAAAAACGGAUGAUGAUAUAUUGUUAACUAUACUUAAUAAUAAAAAGAAAAUCAUCGGGUUUACUUGGCUAAGGAAAAACAUAGACAUUAACAUUCUCAUUAACCUGUACAAUUUGAAGGAGUACAACUACUUGCUCAAACGGGGCUUUUUCAAUGACAUCGGACCUUCCCUGGUUGACUACAAGGGAGGAACAAAAAACCUUAACAAAAUGAAAAAAAAAUAUCUGUUCAUACAAUUUAAACAAUUCAUUAUGAGUAAAAUAAAAGUGGAGAGUUUAGAAGACUUAGACAGUAAAUUCCAAAUCGAUGCGGACGUUAUUUAUGAUUAUUUGCAUGAACAUUUGAUUGAGGAUGUGGAGGAAUAUGCAGAAUAUUUUGCGAAGAAGGAUUUAGACACGCGGAUAGUCUUGAGGAACAUCUAUAGUAAGUUGCUGUAUGACUACGAGAACUGCACACAGAACCUGGACAACAGUAACAUCAACUUUUCUCUGUUGAACAAGUUGAUUAACUUAUAUAUUCACAUAAGAUACACUGAUAUUGCCAAAGUGAGCACAAAAUUUCAAAAUAAUUUCGAGAAAAUUGAAAUGCUUUAUUUUAACUUUAAUACUGACAAAACAUAUAAAAAGAUAUACGACAAAAUACGAAAGAAAAAGGGAGACUUAAGGAACGGUCAAGGGGUAGAAAAGGAUGGAGAAAAAAUGAACAUCGUCAAACUGAACCAUGAUAAUAAUGGAAAGAACAGGCCUGUAAAUAAUUCAAAGGAGAUGGUGAACUUGUCUUACUUUGACAUAUUCCUUUUGUUGCAGAAUAUUUACCCGGAGACAUUUAAAAAGAACGAGAUCAUACUGUUAUUUCUCUUCCUAGACCUAUACGAGUUGAUCAGUGUUCAGGAGUCAACUCCAUUUGAUUGCGUUUCGUUCAAGCUAUACUUAAAUGAAAUGGUGGAUAUUAAGAAAAAUUAUUUUAUAUGCAAAUACAAGCACAUUGAUUGGUUGAGAAGUUUAAGCGAUAAGGAUAAAAAUGCCUUUUCAUUAAACAUGUUUAUUUUAAAUGAUAAGUAUUAUAAUCACUGCAAAGACAUUUUGCUGAAGAUAGAAAAGUACUAUGAUGAAGUUGAUUAUGUUAUUACCACUAACAACGAAAAAGGAAGCAUUCCUUUCAUCCUUAAUUAUUUCAAUCGGGUCAAGAAGAAAAGGAAGGCGAACACAUUAGAAUCAUUGUAUAUACUUAAUAAAUAUACUUUAUUCUUACCUCCAUGCACAGAUUAUAUGAGAUUAAGUGAUGUAGAAGAUGUACAGAUAUUACUGAAAAGUGUUAAUCAUGAAGAAAAGGAAAAAAUAAAUCAAGCAAUUUUAUCAUUGAGGCAUUUGCACAAAAAGAGAGUCAGUGAAGGGAAUCCAUUCUCAGAGGUCAGUUUUUAUCAGUCAAGCAAUUACUACAUAUUCGUGACAAGGUGUGGUGGGAAAUUGAUAAAUAUAACCUCAGGGAGCACAUUGAACAAUAUAGACUUUUAUUACAAACUAAAGGAUUUUGAUUUUAAAAAUGUGAUAUUGCAAAACGAGAAUCGACAUGAAAAGCACUUCCUGCUGUCUUUUUUUUCAUCCAUCAUUAUUUUCAAGUACUACGACAAGAGGAUUGUUCACAAUGUGCUUGGACUGACGAAGGCCUGCUCGUGCCACAUCGACGUUAGGUUUAAUACCCACUACGAUAUAUACAAGUAUUUUAAAUUUUUAUUUAGAAAAGACAACAGUGAGAAUUUAUGUAGAAAGAAAGACAUUUUGGAAAAGAGAGUAGUGCCAGAGCAAAGGAACGCAUGCCACAAAGGAUCCUACCUGGUGCUAACAAAGCAAAUGUGCUGCAGGAAAUAUAUGAAUAUAGAUCAUAACAUUGUUUUCUGGGGACUUAAUGACAUAUGCUUAAAUACCUUGUACAAAUUAAUGACAAAUAACGAAUACUUUUUUAAUAACAUAAUUCUUAUAAUAUCAUACAAAAAUAAAUAUCUUGAAAAUAAAUCAUAUGGGGUACAAUCAUAUGGAACACAUGAUGAAUACAAUUGCAUAAAAAAUUGGAGUUUGGAAAAUUUGGAGAUAUACUCAAAAUUAAAAAGUAUAAUGAUUAAAAAAAGAAUAAAAAUAAUUUAUGAUAAUGUUUUUAGCAUUGAUAGAGAGAAUAAAAAAAUAGAAUUAAGUGAUAAACAAUGGAUUUUUUAUGAUUACUUAUUUAUAUGUUUCGAUAAAGAAGAUAUUACCAUGUAUUCCUUCGAUUUGAAUAGUUAUGAAGCAGGAAAGAAAAAAAAUUUUAAUUUUAUUCAAAAAAAUAAGAGCUCUUCAUGUCCCAUUGAGUGUUUUGACUUUUUAACGAAGGCAAAGGAUUAUGAAAAAUAUGAGUUCACCCAAGAUUGUUAUUACUACCCCAGGGGAACUGGGGUGUCAGGCAAAGCUGAUCAACAUAUCAUGAUGAACCCAAAAGGGAGGAAAAAUAAAAACUACUUGAACAGUCAGAAUGGUUACCAUGCCAUCUGUCCAUCUAUUCGAGGAGCAAAAAAUGGAGACAUCUCAUUGGGGGAGGGAAAAGAAAAAAACAGCUGCACUGAAAGAUACCUCAGGGGAGUGGAUUUGAAAAAAAGACAAGCAGGGGAUGAAGGGCAGCUGAAGGAGAAAACAAGGAGACAUAUUCAUGGAGUAAGUCGAAGGCAUGGAAGACAAGGACACAGAGAAAGAGUUGACUAUGUGUCAGGCAAAAAUAGGGACACCAUGAAGAAGGGAAGUAAUAGUUCAAGAGAGGGAGAAAACAUGAAGAAGGAGAAGAUAGAUCAAUAUAACGAAGAAGAGGAGGAAGAAAAUUACUAUUCUGGAUACACAAGUGUGUCUUCAAGUUGUAUUCAGACGAGCGAAACAAGUCAUUCUGAGGUAGAAAGGAAAAGCAGUAUCAUGGAGAUCUAUGAUGGUACAACGGGUCAACCGGGUGAGGCUUCUUUUGAAAGGAAGGAAAAAAUUUACAUUUUGUCACAAGGAGAAAAUGGAAGAAGUGAAAACAUGUUGAUAAAACCAGGAAUUAAGAAUGAAAAAGUGGAAAAAGAAGGAAAGGGAGACUCAUCAGUAGGUGGAGAUAAAAAUGAUGAGAAAAGUGGUGAAAUUUCUAAAGUGUUUGAAUUUCGAAAAUUUAAAAAAGGUAAGAUAGAUGGAUGUAGUCAAAGUGAUAACAGGAAUGGAGAAGAAGAAAAAACUUGCUUGACAGGGCAUAAUCUAGGGAAUGCAAAGUUGUGGGGAAAAAAAGGAGAGAAAAAUGGAGAGAAAAAUGGAGAGAAAAAUGGAGAGAAAAAUGGAGAGAAUAGUGGAGAGAAUAGUGGAGAGAAUAGUGGAGAAACAAAUUGGGGGAAAAGCGUGGAAGGUAUUUUCAGCAUAAGUGAUCCAUUUUUAGAAAAAUAUUUUGACAACAAUAGUAAAUACAUGAGUGUCGUGAAAAAUUGUGUAAGUUACAUUGUCAUAUAUAGUGACAAUAUGAACAUUCUUAGCAUAAUUAAUUUUUUCUUUAAAAAUGGGAUCAGCUCGUAUAAACUGUUAAUUAUAUCUCCACACACUUGUGGUAAAUGUAGCAAAAAAAUUUCAAAAAUGAAUUUAAGAGAAAAAAUAUUUCAGCAUAGGACAUAUUAUAAAUAUAAUGCUCAGUUAAAAGGCAACUAUUUAUUUUCCAAUAAGACAUACCAAAAAAAUAAUUAUCACAAAAAUUGUAUAUGUGACAAUAUUAAGGGUGUCCUCAAUAAAGUAUUUGUUCUGUUUCAUCUGCUUAAAAUUCGUAUCAUUCGUGGAGAAAUAAUUGCCAUCAAGACGAGUACACAUGAUAGAAUAAAGCACGUCAUUGUUCGCUUUUGCAAACACAGGAAGGUUGAUAAGACUAUUCUUUCAAUGCAGAAAUUCAUUUGUGAAGAUGUUAUUUUAAUUCCUUGCAGGAUCUUACUAACAUCGUACGUCUUCAACAUAAGCAACCAUUUGCACUACGUGCUCAGCAAAGCCUCCAUCGUUUACAAUGAUCGAAUAUGUGUCAACCACAAUUUCCAGACAAAUGAUAAAUACAUUUUCAGCGCAGGAGAACUGUGUGCAUUUUCCAGUAAAUACAGAAUUGGAAAAGAAAAUGUCUUAAAGCAUGAACAAUACAAUGGUACAGAAAUUGGAAAGCUUGUUAGCAAGAGGUUUUUAAACAUCAUUAUGGAAAAUGUUCGAAAGCAGAUAAAUUUUGUGGGAUCCAAGAAAAGUAGUAGAGGAGAAACAAAAGAAGGCAGAAACAUGCACAAUGAGCAUUCUACAAAUGGGAUAGUAGCUUUCCAAGAUGAAGAAGAGGAAAAAUCCAUAGAUCUUUAUAAAAGACUAAAAGUGUUUGAGAGGCCAAUUAUCCAUUUCUACUGUCUUCCAUGUGAUUUUUAUUUUUAUCAUUUUGAAGCCCCUACAGGAGAUCUAUGUAAAUUUCAUCAUUCAUCUGUGACACGUAGUGAAGGAAGAAAUGAAAAAAGCAUAAAUAAUAGUAAGAAUUCAAAUGAGAUUGAAAACAAUUUUGCAAAAUUAUAUAAUGAGGCCUUUUUGACAGACACUCUAAAAAUAUACAUGCGAAAAGAUAUACAACACAGUAUAUAUUUCAAUGUCAAGCAUUUUGAAGUGUCCAGAAAUAUUACUACGAAUGGAUAUUAUUGCAGAGUCACAACAAAUUCCUUGAACUUGAUAAAUUCGUUUACAUACUUGGGCCGAGAAAAACUGAACUUCCACAACAUUCAUAAGCUGUGCAAUAUGUCUAUUAACUACUUCUACACAAUUCUGAAAAACAUAAGGGGUGAUCCCCAGUACGACAUUUUAAGUUUGUUGAGUGAGGAACGAGAAAAAUCCAUAUUCCACUACAGGUUUCAAAUGUUCAAGGAAAAACUCAAGAUGAAGUUAACGCAUUUGCCUAUGAUGAGGGAAUCCAUAUAUUCAUUGCUUCAGGACGUAAAGGAUCCAAUUUCUUUCAAAAAAUAUGUAAAAGAGGAUCUGUUUCAAAAAAAUGAUGAAAUAUUGGCCGUAAUAAAGGAGAAGGUAGAAACGCAUCUGAUUGAAUACAUUAAGGAAAACCCUGAACUCAUAAAUGGGUACUAUUUACCCAGCUAA